AUGGAAGAUUAUGAUUACAGUAAUGAUACAGACCUUUCUUUUAAUGUUUCUUUCUAUUAUGAUUUACCUGAUGAAGUAUUUUAUGAAGUUUUUGGUGAUGCUGUUCUUGUUAGCCUGAAGUGUUUUUUAAAUAAUCUUCAAAUUGGAAUAAUUCAUUUAGUUAUCUCUUCUUCUUUUAUGAUACUCCAACUUUUGGUAUUUUCGAGUUUUUACAAUAACAAAACUAUUUUUAAAAAUACAUGCUUUAAAAUAAUAUUCAAUCAUGGCAUUUUAUCUCUUAUUCAACAAAUUUGUCAUAUUAUAACUUCAAUAAUAACUAUAUUAGAGAAUGAAAAAAUAAAUGUGGUACUUCCAAUAAUUGGGGUAAUAUUAACUUCUUCAUAUUUAGGAAGUAUUGCAUUUAUUUUUCUUUUAACAUUAAAUCGGUUUGAUAUUGUUUAUAACAUCCAUUAUUUACAUAAAAAGGAAAAAGAAAAGUUUUAUUUAAUUGGAAUUAUUUUAUGUUAUAUAUUUACAAUAGUAAUAUUUGUAGCUUAUACUUUAAUUCCUGAAUGUAAGAUAACAUUUAGUUUUGUUACUUAUGAAUGGGUAUAUGAUGUUAAUCAACCAAAUAUGUUACCUCAUCAAUUUGAAAAAUAUUCCACUUUAACAUUUCUAGUAUUAUCAUUAAUUUUACAAUUUCUUAUAUUUUUAAAAAUAUUUCUACUACGUUGUAGUACUAGUAGAAGAAAAAUAUUUGUUCCUGAUGAUUUUAAAAUUAUCCUUCAUGGAUUUUUAUGUUUUGUAACGGCAUUAUUACUUGAAUUAAUAUGGGAUGGAAUGUUAUUUCAAAUAUAUUGGUCAGGAGUAUUGAUAAUUAUGCCACAUAUUUUACACAUUUUUUGUUCUGUUUCAAAUAGUAUUUUUAGUCUAUGCUUUGUAAGAGAAAUCCGUAAAAAUAUGAUAAUUUAUAAGUAUUUUAAGAAAAAAUUUACAAAUGUUGGUCAAUUAAAAUCUAUGAAGACAGUAAAUGCUACAAAGUUUAUAAGAACUGUUGCAUGA